AAACUGCAACUGUUGAAAGAGAGUACUACUACAGUACUACUACAAUAGUACUACAGUAUUACUACAGUAAAACCCGCAGGGUGAAGUACAGGCACAGAUGUGCAUCAGAGGGUUAGGGGCCCAUGAGCUGGAGCCUUUGUCUCAAUAUAAACUCAGUUUGUGGUUUGAAAGUCAGCCACAGGACUACAAUAGAAAACACAUCAGAAAUGACUACAGAUAGAAACUGAAGUCUAUACAAAGACACACAAUCAGACCACAAUCAUAAAAUGACUAGAAAGGGAAGGGAAAUGACCACAAAAGGCACAAAGGGCAACAAGGACACACAACAUGUUAGCAUUACUGAAAACAAAGUGUUAACACUGAGAAAAUAUCCAGUUUGAAGCUGUUGGUGUUGCAGCAUGAUGCGUUGGGAUGGAGGAGGUGGAGCACAGCCACUACGUCGCCCAGCUAAAGGCCGAGUUCGACAGCUGCGACACGACGGCCACUGGCUUCCUGGACCAAGAGGAGCUGACAGUGCUUUGUCAGAAACUGCAGCUGGAAGCUCAUCUGCCACUGCUGCUUGACACGCUGCUUGGAGAUCGGACCUACGGCAGGGUGAACUUUGAAGAGUUUAAAGAAGGCUUCGUGACCGUCCUGUCUCGCUCUCUGGACUUCAGCACAUCAGAGGACAACAGCAGUUACCUGGAGCCAGUUGUUCCAGAGGAGGUGAAGCCAAAGUUUGUGAAGGGAACGAAGCGCUAUGGCCGACGCUCACGUCCUGACAGUGAACCUGAUGCUGCACUGAGCUGUGACUCGGAGGACUUGCCGCCAUCCAGAACUGAGGCCACAGACUCAUCGCCGGCCGGCGUCCGCAGGGCCAAACUGAGGCGGUCGACGUCUCUGGAGAGUGUCGAGAGCCUGAAGUCUGAUGAGGAGGCAGGAAGCCAAAAGGAAAACCUCCAGCCAGACUUUCAAAUUAAAGGUCCUCAGCAGGAGGAGGUGGAGCGGGCUGUCCUGACCACAGUGUGUGAUCACCUGGGCCUGCAGCAGCUCAAUACACAGGAGCUGGACUUGCUGCUCAGAAGGUUGGAUGCCCACCUGGACAGCAGAGUCGGUAUCAAGGAGUUCCAGAAGGUUCUGUGUGGGUCUGCCCCCGUGUCAUGCUCCACCCCUGUACGACCUGCUGGCCUGCAGAGGACGCCACGCAGGCCUCAUGCGGUGUUAGAGGAGCCCUCAGCUCUCUCCGCCUCACCCUCCCUGCUGACAGCCACAGUGGGUCAGAGAGUCCUCAGUCGGCUGGAUGACGGCUCAGGAUGCACCAGCCCCGAGCGGGUCAUCGCCCUGUGGACCGAGGAGGGCAUCGUAAACAGCCGAGACAUCCUGCAGACUCUGGACUUUUCUCUGGAGGAGCAUCUCAGUCUGGCAGACCUGACUCUGGCUCUGGACAAUGAGCUGCUGGCCAGUGGGAACGGCAUCCACCAGGUGGCGCUCAUCUCCUACAAGAACGAGAUCCAGCACCUGCAGGUGGCGGCGGAGCAGGCCUGCAGGGAGCGGAACAAGGUGAAGGCUGAUCUGGACCUGGCCGAUCAGAGGAACCUGCAGCUGGUCCAAGAGGUGGAUGACAGCCACGCCAGCAUGGAGAUGCUCAACCAGAGCAGGAUCAGGGACCUGGAGCAGGACUUCCGUGAUAGGCUGGUGGCUCUGCGCAGUCAGGCGGAGCAGGAGAGCGAGGCGCUACUGCAGCAGGUGGAGUGGGAACACAGCACGCUGCAGGAGGAGGUGCAGCUGCUCAGAGCACAGGAGGCUGAGCUGCAGGAGGAGCUCUGCAGCGCCACACAGGAGAACGCUCGUCUGGAGGACGAGCUGAGUGCUGUGAAGCAGAAGCUGACUGAGGCGGAGAGCUCGGUGAGCCGGCUGCAGAGAGACCUGGACCUGCUGCUGCACGACAAGUUUGGCAGCUUGGACCCGGGUGGCACCGGCCUGAGUCACGAGGAGCGAUUCUCAGAAGUCAUCAAUGAGUACGAACUACAGUGCAGGGAGCUGCGGGACAGGAACGAUGAGCUGAGCUCAGAGCUGGAGCUGCUGAAGAGUCAGAGGAGCCACAGGAAGUCCAGAGCUCCCGCCGGAGUUGACGGCGCCACGCUGAGCUGGACCCAACAGGGCUCGGAAAGGGCCGAGUCUGACUCUGACAACUCGGAUAUGAAGCGCAGCUCGUCUCCUGCAGUCAGGAAGAAACUGCAGCCGGCCCAUAAAACCGGUGAGAAACAAGCUCCGUCUUCACCGGACAGAGUCUCUGGCCCUGCAGUCAGUAUUCAGACUGAGCUGGCUCUGGAGCAGCUGAAACAGAAACAUGAGCAGGAGCUGCAGCAGCUGCACAUCCAGCUCGAGACACAGGUGAACUACUACGAGAGGAAUCUGGAGCUGAUGAGACAGAGCAUGGAGGUCGAGCGUAAAGACAUCUCUCAGGCCUUCAAGCUGGAGAUCAGUGAGCUGGAGGAGCAGAAGGCUCAGGUGGAGCAGCAGGUGAAGCAGCUGAAGGAGACUGUAGACAAACUGCAGACUCAGAUCCAACAUGGAGGAGGAGGAGGGUGGAGCAACGAGCAGGAGCGCAGGGUGCAGCGGGAGCGGGCGGAGAUGGAGCAGAACUUUGCCAGAGAGAUUGGUAAUCUGGUCCAGAGGCUGAGUGCUGAGAAGGACCAGCUGGAGGCCGAGCUGAAGCUGAAGAUGGACCAGGAGGUGACGCUGGUCAGGGAGGAAUCAGAGCAGCAGCUCUCUCAGAUGAAGCUGCAGCACGCGGAGGGUCAACACCACCGCCUCCACCAUCUCCAUUGGGAGCAUCAGCCCUGGCAGGAGCAGAGAGGAUUCUUGGAGAACGGGAUCAUAGAGUCAAAGCAGGAGAAGCUCCAGUGUGAGGAGAGAGUUGGGGAGGAGCAGUGUAGAAUCUGCAGCCAAUUCUCCUCAGAGGAGGAGAAGCUCCAUCAGCUGGAAAAGCAGGUCUCUAGUUUACAGGAGGUAGUGCAGAGCUCCAGCCUGCAGGUCAGCCAAUCAGAGGCCAGCUUAGAGGAGUUCAGACAGCGCUGUGUUCAGUUAGAGGACGAUCUAAAAGCUUCUCAUAGGCAGUGCUCUGAGCUUGAAGCCAGGCUGGAGGAGAGCAUCGCCUUCCUGGACUCUCACGAGGUGCUGAGUAAAGGCCUCGCUGCAGAGAAGAGCUCAGUGGAGGAGGAACUGCAGCUGGUAAAGGACAGGGAGCAGCAACUCCAGACUCAGAUGGCACAGCUGAAAGAGGAGCUUGGAGUUCUCCAGGCUGCAUCUGACAGCAUACUGCAAGACCGGGAGGCUGUGACUGAUAACUUGAUCCAGCAGCAGGUUCAGCUCAGAGCCAGAGACCAGACUGUUACCACCCUGAGGUCUGAGCUGGAGAGUCUGCAGAAGGCCAUGAGAGCCAAAUCGGAAUGUGUCUCAAAACUGACCACUGAACUGGACUCCUUAAAGAUGGACUGUUCCAGGCUGAGCCAGGACCUGAUGGACCAGGCCAUGGCUGAGGACAACCUGCAGCUGGAGCUGGACAGAGUCACAGAGGAGUUGGACAGGAGGAGGAGCAGUGAGGAGGGUCUGCGUGAGACUCUGAAGCAGGAGCAGAUCAGGACUGCACAGCUCCAGUCUGCUCUGGAUGAGGAGAAGGAGGAGGUGGGCUGUCUGAGCCUGGAGAACAGGACCUACAUCCGGCUGGCUGACCAGCUCUCCACCCAAAUCGUAGAAAUGGAGGAGGAGAUCUCCACACUCAGAGUCCAUCUCAACAGGACCGCAGACCUGGUCCUGGAUCUCAGGAGGCAGCUCAACUCCAAACCCAGCAAGGUGGACUGUCUUCAGGGAGAGGUGGCAGACAGUGCUGACCUCUUACAGCAGGCCAAGUCCUCUUCUGAGAAGCCUCCAAGUGAAGUUCAGCAGCUGACUGCUCAGCUGGAAGCCAAGGAUGGAGAGCUGGAGCGGCUCAGAGAGCAGGUCCACCAGCUGCAGCAGGUUCUGCAGGACUCUCAGAACCAGCUUAGGACAGUGGAGGAGGACUCUGAUCAGGAGAAGAGGAAGAUGGCACAGCAGCUGAUGGAGCUGGAGAAGCUGGUCCUGGCUCUGGAGGAGGCGAUGGAUCCGGCCAGUCCACACAGGACUCAGCUAGAGGAGGAGCGAUCAGAGAAUGCAGCUCUGCAGGAGCGACUGAACGUCCUGCAGCAGGAAGUCCAAAAUCUGGAGGAUGAGGUUGCCAAGAAAAGGAGGAAUCUGGAGGAGAUGGAAAGAGAACAUGAGAGGAAAAGAGAAGAAGAGGAGAGGCUGCACAGAGAAAACUCUAAAUAUCGGGAGGAGAUUCUGGAUCUGAGCAGCAGGAACCUGCAACUGAGCAAUGACAACGCUGAGCUGAGCGCCCGUCUCCGUGGAGACCAGGAGUCGGUCCGGCUGCUGCGGGAACGCCUGGCGAUGGUCUCAAAGGAGCAGGAGGAGGACGGAGCUACGGUGCGGCAGCUACAGGAUGCAGUGGUGCAGCAGGAGAGGGACAAGCUACAGCAUCAGGCGGCCUGGAUGCAGGAGAGACAGCUGCUGGAGAGAGAGCUCAGCUCCUGCAAGGAGAAGCUGGGGCGUCUGUCGGAGCUGGAGGCGGAGCUAAGCAGUGUGACUCUGAAGCAGCAGUGGUUGGAGGAGGACAAGGCUAAACUGCUGAGAGAGGCCGACGACCGAAACAACAAGGUGGAGAAGCUGCAGCAGACUGUUCUCUCUCUGGAGUCGGAGGCGGAGCUGCUUCACUCUCAGCUCCACGCCGUCAGUCAGGAGCAACUCGGCCACGCCCAGGAUGUGACAGAUCUUCAGAGGAAGCUGCAGGCUGCUCACCACAAGGUGGAGGAGCUAGAGGCCAGCGUGAGGAAGCUGAUGAAAGAGAAAGAGGAGUUCCGUCAGGCUCUGGAGGAGCAGGAGGAGCAGGCCUCCAUCGCUCUACAGAAAGAGACCCACAAACUGAGAGUCCAGAACCAGGAGCUCCAGCACAAGCUGGCGGAGCUGCAGGUCCAGGGUCUGGAGGUCCAGAAACUGACCCAGGAGCAGCAGAACCUGAAGACCAAGCUGAGUGUGCUGGAGGUGGCUCGGACGGAGGCUCAGGACCAGGCUGUGCGGGCGGACGCGGCGCUCAGUCUGGUGCAGGCGCAGCACGUGCGGCAACUGCAGCAGGUGCAGGAGCGAACGGAUGGUGGCUGCAGGGAGCAGGUGGAGCUGCUGCAGGCCCGGCUGGUGGAGGAGCAGAGGAGAAGUCAGCAGCUGGAGGAGACGCUGAGGCUUCAGGCCCAGCAGAGCGGCUCCCAGAUCAACCUGAAGCAGGAGCAGUACGAGAAGGCACUAGCCACCCUGCAGCAGAGGAUUGAGGAUCUGGAGACCAAACUGAAAGGAGUCCGGACGGUUCUGCAGGAGAAAGUCCAGCAGCUCAAAGAACAGCUGGCGAAGAACAGCAAGUCAAACAUAUUGAUGAAGGAUCUGUACAUGGAGAACUCUCAGCUGAUAAAAGCUCUGCAGGUCACUGAGCAGCGGCAGAAAAAUGCAGAGAAGAAGAACUUCCUGCUGGAGGAGAAGGUCAACGCACUCAACAAACUGCUGAGAGAGAUCGUCGCCACGUAGCUGCUGAAGGAAACCUGCAAACAUCGCAGACGUGUGACGUAGCACCCUCAGCGUCUGAGAUCAGUCUCACUAAAGCAGCUUCAACAUGAAACAUUUAGUGUCCAGGUUAGCCUAGCUUAGCACAAAGGCUGGAAGAGGAGGAAACUGUUAAGCUCCACCCAAAAAGAAAACUUUCCAACAUCUUAGAAGCAAAAAAAGUCAGAACACUAUUAAAUAACAAAUCUCACAGCCAGCAGACGUUGUGCAAACUUUAAUGGUCAUGCGGGUCUUUGUCAAUUAUUAAAAAGUUUUGAAGAAAUUAAAGCAUAAAGGCUUCGGAUGGAAAAGUUAGAUUUGAGUAUUUCUAGUAAUUUAUGGGGAAAAAAGUCGAAUUAAUUUAAGAAUUAAUUUAUUGAAUAAUAAAUUAGGAGAUUUUCCUUUUAAUCCUCCAUCAUGAGAAACCAGUAGGUGCGAUUUGAGCCACAUAACAGAUCAACAGCUGUUCAGAAACUGACUGAACAUUUAUAACUCGGAGUGAAAGGAGCGUUUCCUGUGGCGGACAGUUGAAACACGAGGUCAUAUACUCAAAGUAUCAAGACGUCUAAAGCUGGGGUUUCCUUUUUGAAAUGUGACAACUCGUCUGUGAAACAUUUUCUUAGAACAUUGAGACUGGAGAUGACUUUUUUCCUCAUUAAAAUGGUGUUUACCAUGACAGAUUUAAAACAAAAAGUAUUCUUGAAACUUAUCAUAGUGGGUUUUCUCAAAAUCAACUUUAUUCUUGUACCUGUUUUUCCACAAACUCUUUUCCCCCCAGUAGCUUCAGGACUGUUGUUGUGUAUAUUCACAGUAAAAUGAGAGCAGAGGAUAAAUAACCAGGUCUCAACCAGGUGAGAUGCUGAUGUCCAGUUUGACCCACAGGUCAAAGAGCUUUUAGGUGAGUCGUUCUCACUUUAACGGUGUCUCAUCACCAGGUAAAUGCCUCAGCUCUUCAUGAAGCUGCUUUAGAGAAACUGAACCUUUGUAGAACCAGGAAGGAAAACCAGUCUGACCACACACAGUGCUGCAUGUUAAACUGGUCGGCAAUCUGAAGUAUUUCAGCCACAAGGGUAUUAUGUUUAUUUUAUGUAUUUUUAAUGUCAAAGAAAGACUUUCAUUUGUGAAGGUCAAGUCAGGGGUCAGCUGCUGUUCUGAUUUCAUUCUGUAGUUUUCCCUCAGAGUGAAACCUCUCGCUGCUCCACACAGCUCUGUUAUGUCUCUUCCUGUUCAGGUAGAAAGGGGAACUCACCUGUGUGUUGACGGAUGUCACCAUGUUGUCCUGACACUGAUGUAUACUGUAACAUGAAAUCCACAUUAAAUUGUUUUUAUCACAUU